AUGGGUCGGAACCUAGACAACAAGAUGACUGGCAAGAACGGCGUGACAAGAGGUCAUGAAGAUGGAGACCGACGUGGGAAACCAUACUGGGAGUCUGGAGGUAAAGUUUUCAAUCUAAUUGGCAGUUAUCGGUCCUUCUGUACGAAAAGUUUACUGCAGCGAUUGAAGGCGUAUGGAAAGCCAGUGUCACUCUUUAUUGACACUCUUACCCAUGAAGAACAACGAAACUCAUUGGAGAUAGACGUGGAAGUCAAAGGCACGCAGGUGCGGUCUAAAUGUAUACUAUUACUCCAAGGUGUACUGGUAAUUGACCGCUUGCCCCCGUCACUGGGAGACUCAGUAGCGUCCACUAUGGAUGUAAUGGAUUGUAAACAUCUUCGAGAAAUCAUAUCACCUGUGUCCGAUGUUCAAGAUGUUGAUCUACAAAUAGGGCAGGACUGUCCAAGAGCCUUGAUUCCCUUAGAGUGCCGGACAGGACGAGACGGAGCACCAUUUGCAAUGAGGACUCAACUCGGAUGGACUGUAAAUGGUCCAACGGCCCAUGAAAAUGUUACUACUCUUGCUGUCAUGGGUUCACCACCGACUCUCCCUCCUGCUGAGACACGUUUAGCGGAACAAGUAAAGCGCUUUUGGGAAGUGGAGAUGACCUUUCUAAAAGCUACAAUUGAUGCGCCAGUGUCGAGGGAGGACAAAAGAGUCGUCCAGCUCUGGUCAUCGACAGGUCUGAGAAAACGACUCUUAAGAGAUGCAGAGCUGAAACUAAGAUAUGUUGUAGAAAUUGAAAAUUUGAUCACCAAGGGCUUCGCGGAGAAGGUGCCAAAAGGGGAACUGACAGCAAAUCCUGGAAGAACUUGGCAUCUGCCUCAUCAUCCAGUACUAAUUCCAAACAAACCAGAGAAGACUCGCAUGGUUUUUGAUUGUCCUGCAACAUUUGCCAAUGUGUCACUAAACAGCGAGGUACUUCAAGGACCAGACUUCAACAAUAAAUGCUUUGGAGUCCUCAUAAGUUUUCGUCAGGAGCUUAAUGCGCUGACGGCUGACAUUGAAGCCAUGUUUCAUCAGGUCAAGGUGCACCCUGAACACAAGGAUGCCCUAAGAUUCCUCUGGCGGCACACCGGUAUCAAGGAAGUGGACUUCACCUAUGAUAAUUUGCCCACAGAGAGAGCCCUGGAAGUGAUGUGGAAUUUGGAAAAGGACCAAUUUGCCUCUGCUCAGUUGUAUCACUUCUGCGACGCUUCAGAAUCUGCUUCUGCAGUUGUCACCUACCUGAGGACUGUAGACAAGGAAGGAAGAAUUGACUGUUCCUUUGUGUGUGGCAGAGCUCGACUAGCACCUUUAAAGCAACAAACCAUACCACGGCUAGAACUUUGUGCUGCCGUACUGGCAGCACAUACUGACACAACAGUGCGACGGAGGAACGCGCAUGCGGAAACGCUUCCACACUUUGUUGCAAACAGAGAGUCGGCUAUAAGAGAAGUCACAGACAUGAGGCAAUGGAGACAUGUCAGCUCAAAGCAAAACCCGGUAGAUGAUGCAACACGAGGAGUAACCAAAGAGCCCUUGCAGUGUUUGUGGGAAAAGUACUCUUCCUGGCUCCAGUUUCAAAGAGGAGUAGCUUGGAUCCGGAGGGUUAUCAACGUCCUCAAAGAUAAAACACCGACAGCAAACAUCACCGUGUUAAGUGUGUUAGAGUUACGUCAAGCCAAGACCGCAAUUUUAGAGUGA